AGUUUCGUUUUCAUGGUGAGGCUAAAACCAUAAACAUUAUCUUCAUUUCCAUUGCUUCUCGUGUCUUAAAAUUUCCACUCAUAUUCAGAUGUUAUUCUCUAUGAAACCUCUUAGCAUCUAUAAGCAGCCACCAUUAUUAUUUGCAUCACUUUCUAAACAGUUAUUACAUAAUGAUGAUAGAGGCAUAUUCAAAGAGAGGAGGCUCAUAAAAUAUUCUUCUUCAUUUAAUUCAUGCUGCAUAGUUCAUGCAUUAAAGGAAGAUUCAAAGCAAUAUGAGAUAGACCCAGAGAAGGCCAGAGAAGCCCUCAAAGAGCUUGACCAGAAAAUUCAAUCUCUCUCUAAUAGAGAAGUUUCCUCUCCAAAACUCAAGGUAUCAGAAAUGAAGCCUACGAGAGAGGAGGUGAUAAGUGAAAACAAUGGUAAGCUGGAAAUUUCAGAGUCCUUUCUUGCACUUCUAGCUGGUGGACUUGUUCUCUUUACUAUAUUGUACAAUGUACUAUUCCUUACUGUAAUUAAGCCAGCCAUUGAUGGUCCAUAACCUAUAUCCAAGAGCUGUGUGAUAUUAAUUUACUAAACACUUUGCUACAUGUAUAAAGUUAAGGUUUGGAACUAUAGUACUAUCAUUUUUUGCAA